GUGAAAGAAGGAAUUUUUUUGAGUUUGAACAUAUAGCAAAAAAGGAGAAGCAAGUUGGAGCACAGAUACUGGAAUGGAGCCGGGGGACGCAGUUUCGAUAUAGCCGCUAAGAAUAGAGAGGUGGAUCUUCGUUGAAUGACGAAGAAGUGAUAGAAUUUAAGAUUGGCUUAAUUAGCUUGAAUAAUGGCUCCUGUCUCGUUGCCACCCGGCUUCCGGUUCCAUCCAACGGAUGAGGAGCUCGUCGCCUACUACUUGAAACGGAAGAUCAACGGGCGUAAGAUCGACCUCGAGAUCAUUCCCGAGGUUGAUCUUUACAAAUGUGAACCCUGGGAUUUACCAGGGAAGUCAUUGUUGCCCAGCAAAGAUAUGGAAUGGUAUUUCUUUAGCCCACGAGACCGGAAGUACCCGAACGGAUCUAGGACGAACCGAGCCACCAAAGCGGGAUACUGGAAGGCAACCGGGAAGGACAGAAAAGUAAAUUCACAAAUGAGAUCGGUGGGGAUGAAGAAAACCCUAGUCUAUUACAGAGGGAGAGCUCCGCACGGGGCCCGGACCGAUUGGGUCAUGCAUGAGUAUCGCUUGGAUGAAAGAGAGUGCGAAAUUCCAACUGGAUUACAGGAUGCUUAUGCGCUAUGCCGGGUGUUCAAGAAGAGUAUGACCACUACUACGCCGCCCCAGAGUGCGGCGGACACCCAUUAUGUCACCGCGACGCCAAUGACGGCGAAGGACGGGUCAUCGAGCAUCGAUAUUUACUCGUCAGAAGGAAGAAGCGAGGAGAUGGAAAGCUCAACAAACUAUGCAAUGGUGGCGGGGGCGCAAUCCUCGAACUCGUCCAUGGCGACCGGCGCCCUUCAUCAAUAUGAGUCUCCAUUGUUCCAUCUCCCUGCUGGCCCAAGCAGCCACAACAAUAAUAACAACAAUGGUGAUGAUAAAUGGAUGCAGUACUUAUCCGAUGAAGCAUUUGGUUUGCAGCCUAAUAAUCAUCCCCCCUCAUCAUCAUCAUCUUGCUUGCCAAAUCAUUUUGCAACCAUGCCUUAUCCUCCUUCAAAGGUUGACAUAGCUUUGGAGUGUGCUAGGUUGCAGCACCGCUUCACGUUACCGCAGCUGGAGGUUCAUCAGGAUUUGCGCCACGGCGGCGGUCCCCCGAAAUCGACAGCAUUCGUGACAAACUACCAAGACGACGACCACCAAAUUAACAGCUACCACCACCACCAACAACCGGAUAUUGUUCAAGAAAUCUUGUCAGUUGCCCAAGCGUCGCACGAUCUGAUGAAUCAGGAAGACUGCGACGCUUGGGCUGGAGGGUCGUCGUAUGGCGUGACGAAUAAUAUUAAUAAUAAUGCAGAUGAUGGGUUUUCUUUCUUCCAACACGGUUCCGGGGGCCAACUUGAUCAAGAUUUGGGCAUUAGCUUCCGGGAUAUGAUAGACCAGACCGGCGGAGAAGAUCACCAGCUAAGCUCCCGAAGCAUUUCGAUUGAGGGGUUGAGAUCGGAGAGAAUGGCGGUGGAGAACUUGAGAUGGGUAGGAAUGCAAGAGAAAGACCUUGAGAAAACAUUUAUGGAAGACUACAAAGAAGUUCCCAUAGAAAAUGUCUCAAGCAUGAAUCCAUUAACACAUGAAGUUCAUGGAGGAAACAACUUGCACAGCUACACACAAAAUGAUGACUUCUCCAUUGGAUUCGACAACCACCACGAUGCGAACAAUUUCUUCGAUGGCGCUUUCUCGGAUUCCCCGCGCUUGGAGGUCUACGAGAAAAUAGAAGUGAAGCACGGGAUGUUCGUGGCGACAAGACAAGCGGCCCAAACCUUGUACCACCAAGUUUUGCCUUCGACCACCGUGAGAAUCUAUAAGAACUUGGUCGAUCCCUUGCAAGUCUUUCCGGUGGCGAAAUUCGAAGGGAAAGGAAUAAAUACCAUGCUAGACAAGUUCAUAUUAUUUUCAAGGAAGAACUUAAUGGGAGUAACAAAGAGAAUGGGGAGCACAUUAUUUUGGGACUAUUGCCAUUGGAAUAAAAAGUGCAAGGAUAAUGUGUCAAUUGCAGGAAAUAAUUAUAAGGCAGAAAAGGAGAGGAUGACUAAUAGUUUAGGGGAGAAGACUGCACCAUGGCCAUAUCUCACUCUAGUAUUGGCCCUAUCUACCAUAUGGCUGCACCAGAAUAUAAUGUGACUUUAUUUUCAUAAUAUGUUCUUUAUGUUACAACAAGUGCAUGUUCCUAUUAGUAUGUACUUGGUAUUUAUUUUUAGUAUUUUUGAAUUUCUAACCCAAUUUGGUUGCUUCUUAAUUAUGGGAGGGCUAACAAAUUGAAUUAGCUUUA